AAGUGUGUACGGAUUAUGAAACCCCCCAUUUAUAUUUUUUUAACUGCUCUAUUUAAAAAAUCGGUGAAUGAAUUUUGCGCACAAUUUUGUCAUUAACUAUUCUUUGCACUGUAUUGAACAGAGAUAAAGAUAACGACCACGUGUGUCGGAAAGGACAAUGGUGAGACACAGAGAAGUUUCGCCCCAAAACAAAGAUUGUUUGGUGUCGCGUGUAAUGGCCUUUUUAUAUAGCAGUGAGGGUUCCAAUGUAACGUUCAGUGUUUGCGACGACCGCAACGACGUACCAUGCACUACCGCGUCUUUACCAUGGCAACGAAAUGCAACAGAAUUGAACGAUGUACAUACAACAAUUGAGACAUGAGAUUAUAAAAGUAAUAACGAGUGAACUGUAAAUAAAGAACGCGGGAAAACUCGUAAUCGAAAAACAUCAACGGCAAUACCGAUCACUUAUUUUUUUGUAAACAUUGUUAAGAUAUUGAAGGAAGCAUGUGGAAGAGCACCGUAAUAGAAGCAUCGGACAAAAUAUUUCCAGGCUUAGUGUACCAUGAUCGUGAAAAAGAAUUUUGGGACAUGGGACACUUGGUGAGAUCGAGUCUUCCGUUACAAAUUGCCUUGUAUACGAAUGUCUGGAUUUUCUGUAUUUGGUUCCUCAUCUCUCUUGCAAGUUUGGAUUCCAAAUAUUUUCAUCUCUCUAGUUUGUAUAAAUUUAUCACAAUCGCCGUGUUGAUUGUGUAUUCAGUGUUCGAGUGUGCCAGAUUGUAUUUCGGCUACCUGGGGAAUUUAGCUGAUAAGAUUCCGGAGUUAGCCAGCUUUUGGUUGAUUUCUACGCUGCUGCAAUUGCCUCUAAUACUUUUCAUGUUGCUCGAUGGAAAAACAAUGCCAUUCCUUAUUGAGCGCAUAGCGCACGGUUGCAUGCUAGUUCUUCUCAUCAUAGAAAUCGUAACAGGAACGAUUGCGUUGAAGAAAACAGCAGAUCAUCACGCAAAAAGAUUCUAUACUGCCCAAUCUUAUGGAAUUGAUUGCAGAAUAUUGAACCAGUAAAUCGAGAGAACGGAUAACUUUUAAAGCGA